AUGACUGAGUACAGCUUAGACCCCAACAACACCGAUCUUCUGGAUGUUAUUGUGGAAUACGUACGAGAACGCGGUGGAGUCUGGAGAUCGAAAGUGGCACAAGACCCAUCAUCGGCUGACCUCUCGAAUAUCACCAGCAUUUCUGACAACUCAGAGCCAGGAGGUGCUAUCGCGACUCAAAAAGACCUGCAAUCCGAGUCAGAAACUGUCUUCGAGCUCAUACAGGAAGAUGGAAGCCCAGCUGAGCCUCAGGUUGACCUGAGUGCCUCAGUCGACAGUCUCAAGAAAGAAGAAUGGCUGAUGAUUAAUGGCCCUUCUCCUGGGGUAUUUGAGGCGAAAUCGUCCACGAACGGUUUUGGGGAAGGACGAUGGUUCAGAUUAUUCAGUAGAAAAUCUGGGACCAAGUAA